UGCACAAGAAUUAAGUAUGAAAAGAGCGUCGUUGCAAUAGCAACAAAAUAUCUGGCGUUAUUCGCCAUAUUUGCAAAUUUUUAGACAUUUUAGUCACCUUAACCAUUUGGUAGAUCUUGGGAUGGAGUCCUUUUCUGACCUAUCGUUGUCGGAUCCAGACCAGGAGGGCUCAGAUGGCGAAGAGAAGCCCAACAUGGAAGGUCUUGGACUCCAAGUUGUUGACAUUCCAACAGAGAAUGGCAGUCAGAGUUCCUCAACAAGACGGAAGAAAAGAGCAGGAGGAAACGGAAGCAACGAUAACUUAUCUGACGAUGGUUCAGAGUUGUCCACUCAGAGGUUAAGGGGCUCCCCGGGACAUCGGAAAAAGAAACUGCACAAAUUGAAGAUGAAGGACGGCUCCAUCAUCGUCCUGAAUCCUCCUGAGGAACUGCUCAAGAGAUCAGAGACCAAAGCCAGGAAACAUGCUGGGCUCGGAGAGGUGGAUCCUGCUCUGGAAGAAUACAUCCGUUGUACCGCCCUCUGUCGUCUGGUUUAUGGGGAUAGCCAUUGGAAGCUAGCAGAAAGUCACACUAACCUUGCCUAUGCUUACCUCAUGCUCAAAGGUCUAGCCCCUCAGGCCCAGUAUCAAGCUGAAGCUGCCAAGAAGAUCAUGUUGAGCGGGCUACAUGCCUCUGACUCCAGCAACUGCAAGGCGGACCUCCUAGCAGUGCUGGUCAAGAUGUACUACGUCUUGGGAAGGAGCAACACCAUGCUGGACAAAUAUCCAGAGGCAGAACAGUGCUUACUCAAAGCAGAGAAGGUGUCAGAGGAGCGAGCCAAGCUGACAAGCUCCGUGGGUUCGGAGCAAGAGCAGAUGGCCAUCUAUAUCGCCAUAGCAAUGGGAAAGCUGUAUGCUAACCAAAACAAGCAAGCCUUGGGGGCAAGUUAUUACGAGAAAGGGGUACGACUGACAGAGAAGCACCAUGGCACAGACAGCUUGGAGCUGAUUCCGAUAUACCAGGAUUUAGGCAAAUUGGAACAGAGCAAGGGGCGACAUGCCAAUCACGAUAAAGCAGUAGAGUAUUAUCUACAAGCUCAUUCCAUCACUGUAGCCAAGUACAGCGGACAGAGUGAGGAAGUCGCAGAGACGGCAUACAAGUUAGCUCUGGCCUACUCCGAACAAGCCUCCGCUGAAGCAGAAACCACUGCUGAGCGAUACUUGGAUGAGAGUCUGGGUAUCAGACAGGUUUUGUACGGUCCCCAUCACCCUAAGACUAUCACAACACAAGAGUGUCUGUGUAAACUGCUCAUCAGAACAGACAGACAAGAGGAAGCAGUUUCAUUACUCAAGACGAUAAUUUCCUCCAAGUGUGCCACCUUUGGUGAUUUCAGUGAGGAGGUAGGGGAGACGUACAGACUGUACGGUUCCAUCCUAUUGUCCCAAGGACAACUGGACAAGGCCAUGAAGUACUUCAAGAAGUGUUACAGUAUUCAAAGCAGUUUGUAUGGUCCGAGCCACAAGAAAUCCAAAGCCACUCAGCAAACUAUUGAUAUGCUUCUGCAAUCUCCUACGUUGAAGGCAAAAGAAAAACAGAGCAAGGCGGGGAAAUUGAAGAGCCGCCCACGCUUCUCAGCCACCGUUAAAAGUGGUAAUACGAUGCAAUGAUGGAACCAGUGUUGGUGCAGGCUACAGAGGUCUUCUUGAUGGGGUUAGGUCUCAGGAAUCAUGUAGCCCUGUCUUAUCCCUCGCUGCCAUUGUCAUGCUACCAUCAUCACCGCCACCCCAUCACCUAGUCUGCGUAUUCAGUUGACGUCAAAUUCUGUGUGGUUUAUUGGCAAUUAUUUGUAUAUUUUGAGGAAUGAAAAUGUAAAUGAGUUCCAAACUGCCAAGAUGUUUCUUAAGCAGGGUGAGGUGAACAAAAAUGCUAAAUAUUUAAAAUGAAUAGACAAAUGUUAAGUAUUUUUAUAAACUGUAUCAACAAGAGUAAAAGUACAUUAGUAUUCAUAGUAUUUUAACCAGUUGUCUUGGGGAUUACAUUUUUGGGAAUUCUUAAGGACCUUUAAUAGUUUUGAUAAUCUUCACAUGGAAAUGUAUAGGCCGAGAUAAAUCUUUGACUUGAGUCAUGGGGACUUUUUAAGAGUCAUAUGUUUGUUUGAACUUCUUUGAAAGUGUAAGAAGUGUUGAAAGUUUAAAUCCUUGCAAUGUUGUGCAGUUACACCCUUUCCAAAGCAGUGGAAUAACAAAUAGAGGUUUGUUUCAGCAAUGACAAUGUUUUCUUUUGUGUUUCAACUUUUCGCAAGUCUGAUAAUCCUGAUAAUGUUGCUGUGCAUUUUAAAGGGAAAUUUUACACACCUUGUUUCCGCUGUGCAAUAUUAAUGUUAUGAAAAAAUCUGUGUUUUCCAUGAUUGAAACAAACAAACAAUAAAUGGAUAACUUCGACAUAUAAAUGCUUAUAAUUUGAGCAAAAAAGUGAGUCAAAUUAUCAGCCCCAAAAGGGGACGUACCACCAAACUGGAAGUCUGUCAGUUCAUGAAACCAUGGAGGAAUAAGAACAUGAAACAUGCCAUCACAUCUCCUUUUUCCUCUUAAAACAUGUCCUGUUAAAAAAGAUUUGGAAGCGCUUUGAGGUUUUCACAGGUGACCUGUGCUUGGAGUAUGUUUGAACAAACUGUUGAUGGCCUAGUUGUAAAAGCUUGGUUUGCUUGUAGUGCAUUUCAGGCAACUUGGCUGUGUUGCUAACAAGCAUAUGAAUGUCGAAUCUUUGGAGGAAAAUUACGUGUUCUGUUCAAAAGGUAACUUGUAACGUCUCACACCUGCCAAAAUGCAGCAUCAUGUUCAACAACACAUGGUGAAUUCAGGAGAGUAAAAUGCAGCCAUUGUUCUUUUAUUUGAAAUUUGACGGCCCAAGUAAUGUUAGAGGUUAGCUUGCCUCAUAUUCCUCAACUUUAGAGGAAAAAGUAACAUCUUUGUAAAAGGUCCCACAGGUACACUUAAUGAGUUUAGACGAGAGAAAGACUUGCUGAAUUUGCUUUUAAAUAAUUUAUUUUAUUCAAGACGUGUACUUACACUGUGUAUGAUUCAAUGUGCUGUAUACAAAUUGGUUUCAGCCAGUGGGGUGGUAUUUGGCAAAGCUAAAAUCCGUAUUUUUAAAAUACACAGACUUAUAGGUAACAAAGAGCAAUCACCUUGAAAACUUAUGAUUUUCAAACUACAAAAGAAAUCAUAAGCCGUGUUGUAAUUGUAAGACCUAUCACUUUGUUGGAAGUGCACUUACUUAGGAUUUGUAUUCAAAUAUGCAAUUUAUACUUACAAGCAAAUCCAUUAGAAAAAACCAAAAAGUCACAACUUUGAGAACAGUGCAACAAUGAAAUAAUUUUCUCCUCACAGUUCAAAUGCAUUCAUUGAAAUUCACGGCAAAAAAAAUAUUUUGCAGGUGGAGAGCCUAACAGAAUCUUUCUCAAAGGCAAAACAUUUUACUCAAUGGCUACAAAUACUCUUGAAUAUCACAGUCUUUUUGAUGCAUUUGACCAAGUCCCUUAUUUAAGUAUUCUAAAUGUUAUUAUGCAAGUGACAAAUUGUCUCACUGGUUUGUAAGUUACAACGUACAUUGGCAACCCUUUGUUACUCAACCAAGAUGUGAACCCAAACAAAUGGAAGACUAUCAAAGAAGGCUAACCACAUACUGUUUGUAAAAGGAAUUAAAACCCAUUCCCCAGGUGAGCAAUGUAUCCAAUAACUUGAAAACCUAUCACUUUAAUUGGGAAAACACCUAGAAGAAACACUUGAAAUAAACAGAUAUGCACAUGUGCCCUGCUUA